UUUGUUGUGCUUGCCUAUUCUCUAUAGAAACAACGUGCAGUCUAGUUUUGAAGUAUAAAAUUUGACAUAUAUAUUAAAUAUGCCUUCUAAAGUUAAGCCAAGACUAUCGCGUGGCAUUCUGGACAUGAAGUUCAUGCAACGCACCAAAGCCAAGGUGGCAAAGGAAGCGGAUGAUGAGCAAAGCCGCGCAUUGUACUCCAAUGAGUUAAGUGGCAUGGUGCUCAAUGGCAAUUCUAACUACAUCAUAGAACCGAGUUAUUCCAUCUGUGAGGGUUUAAUUGAGGGCAGACUAAGCUUUCGAGGCAUGAAUCCAGAGCUGGAGCGUUUGUUGGAGCUUGAACAGGCAGAGAAAGCAGGCAAUGCAAGGCCCGAACAACCCAAGGAGGUUACGGACAAGGAGAUGGCAGAGUCUUAUUACGCCAACAACGCACCGACUGUGAGCAGAACAAUGUCCAAGAAGUUUAGCACAAAAAACGAGUUUAACAAACGCAAAUCCAGCGAGGGACCAAAGUGGAAAAAGAAAGCGCAGUUUAAAAAACCACGACAGGACGAUGAUAAUGUACAAGUCUAAUAUUCUUUACUUAUUAAAUAUAGUUGUAAAAUACAUUGCUUAA